AUGCCACAGCUUGAUACCGUCUUCAGCCAACUCGCCGUGAACCCCAAGGCGACGCCCUCAAAUAGCCGUACUACCGGCGCAAAAAGUACUACAAGGUUGCGACCGAACGCAUCCGCGCCCAGCGACGUGUCCACAACUUGCGCCCGCCUCCUCACCCUCCUCUCACGCCUCUUCGACCCUGUCCGCCGCUCGCCUACGUUCACACCGACGUUGCAAUACGUAAAGGGCUUGCUCUACAAUAAAGAGUACCUCGAGGCGUUCGGGACCGAGUCGGAGGAGGGCGAGCGGUGGCGCGAAGUUUACGCUGCUCGAUGGGUGCCCGCUCGAACGGUCGUCUACGAGCGCAUCUUCGAGGAGCUGGGCGUCGCCGAGCUGUUGGGAUGGAGGGCGAAGGGCAAGGGGCGCGAGCGGACGGAAGAAGAGGAGGAAGAGCUCGAGCGAGAAGUUGCGAGGCUGAGACGGCGGCUCAAGCAGGAGGGCAAGACAGCAGACGAGAUUGCGGCGGCCGUGCAGGCGCGUCAGGCACGCAUGAACCCAUCGCAUUCAUCGCCUGACGUCCCGACAGAAGCGGACGUCGUCAUGGUAGGCGCCGGUGCGGGAAGCGAGGUUGUCGCGUUGGGCGGAGUGCUGGGGGCGGCAGUCGCAGAUGCAGAACAGCGGCGGCCUCGGGUGCGGGUGCAAGCAGUGGAUCAAGGAUCGUGGGGCGGUCUUCUCGACAAGAUGACGGACGGCUUGCGGGAAGAGUGGCCGGGACUGGCUUCGGCGGAAGCUGGCUUCGACGUCAAGUUCGUUCAAGGCGACAUCCUGUCGACGGCAGGUCCACCCUCACCACCUUCCGAUACCGACGCACCACCUCAGCCUUCUCCCCUUGUCGACUUUGCGACCCCUUCUCUCCGUCUCGUCACCAUCUGCUACACCAUCAGCGAGCUCCUCCUUCAAUCCCGCAUCUCGACCCUCCGCUUCCUGUCGCAUAUGUCGCAGUCCGCUCCAUCCGGCACACACCUCCUCAUCGUCGAGUCCGCCAGCCUCGCGCUCAUCCCGCUCGGCAAAGAAGGGCGGACGUACCCGCUCGGCCAGUUGCUCGACCAUGCGUUGUGCGGUAGCGAGGGGAAGAGCGGAGCGUGGAGGAUCGUCAAGAGUGACGAUGCGAAGUGGUAUAGGAUGCCGGAGGGCGCGGAAGAGGUGUACAACGAGGGGAAGGGCGCGCACGUCAAGCUUGAGAACUCGAGGGUGGUGCUGAGGUUGUAUGAGAAGCGGUAG